AGAAAGGUCAAAUAACAACCCCCUCACAAAUCCUUCUCCUUACUCGAUUCCAAUUUUCCAACCCUCCCUCCCACAAUCUCUCGUCACUCACUCCUCCACCGGCUGCAUUCUGAAGAACCGAACUGAACCGUAUUCCGGCGAGCUGACCAGACCACCGAGGCACCAUUUUUGAUUGCAGAGUCACAUUCCUGUAACUAUUAACAUAGCACUAAUCAAGGUCCUUUUAAUCCAUUUGACAAAGGGACCAUUGUUUUGUGCAAUGGUAAAAUCUUGGGCCGAUGAGUAUGAAAGAAUGAGUUCAAGUCUGGGAAUGACCACUUUGUGCAAACUGCACAAAAUGCCAAAAGAAUCUUCAGGUUUACGGGUAAGGUGAUGGCAGGCAAAUCAGCAAAAUCUGUGGUGAAGAUGGUAAGUGAGUAUCAAUACCCAUGGCGAGAAAAGUUGGCAAAAUACAAAGAUGAACUCUCUAAGGGUGUUUGGGGUUACUGGGAGUUGGGGGCAUGGAAGCCGCUUGGUAUUAGUGCUCGCCGUAGGGCACGUCUCCGCAAAGAAGUCCUCCUAGCCGGAGAGGAUUGGCCAUAUGACCCAGAGAGGAAAGAGAUGAGGAACAAGAGGAAAGGGCAUAAGUGUGACAGAGUAUCUGCAGAAAAGAGAGCAAAUACAGCUGAGUUGAUGAAGAAAAUGCCAGAAAUGUUAUUGGAUUACAAGAAGCGCAGGUGGGAAAAGAAGAUGAAGGAAGAGGAUGCAAAAAAUUAACUUGGCUUUCUGUUUUUUUUUUUAAUUUCUUGCAUGAGCAGAACAUAUUUUUUUUUUGGUGGUGUAACACUUUCUUACUUAAGGUUGCGAAACUGAAAAACUCUACAUUUUCAGGUA